CAACCAUCUGUGACACUGUCCCAAACAAACUCAUCUUUAUGCCUUGGAUAUUCCCGUUAUCGUCUUUUUGCAUCAUCACCCAAUCUUACUUCAUUCUUGUGUCAGCCUCGCCCGGUCUACGCGCCACAACCGACCAACGUCCCCUUUGUCCGUGGACCCGCGAAUUCUCCGACUGGAACGUCACAACCUAACCUAACGACAUUGGCCCCAUCUGUGUCUACGUCUGCGUCUGCUUUCUGCCAUUUUGGCUAUGAGAUCCUCGCACCAUUCCCCCGGAUCUUCGAGGCCUUAAUCGGCGCUUUCACACUCAAUCUACCUCUAUCCCUUCGAGCUCACUUAGGCUUUAUCCCACACCAACAGCCAGUAGUCUCACCCCACUCUCUCUCUCUACCGUUCACAGCUUCCUCCGUGUAUACCCUCCAACGUAUACUUCCGUCUGCAAACGAGGCUCUGGCAGUCUCCCAUCUCCGUCGCCUUCGUUCCUUCUCUUAGCGGUGUGGUAACAGACGAAGAAGGAAGCAGCCGCGCCUGCCGGUCCUGCCAUUGUUUAACAGAACCAUUGUACUUCUACAGCGUCUGAGGAAAGUCUUGUCACAAUGUCCUUUGUAGACCUCAAACACAUUCCCUGUCCCAAGGGAGAGCAAUGCACAGCUUUCAUGUGCCUUUUCCAGCAUAAAGCAGACAGGGAUAAGAUGGCGGCACCAUCAGCACCGGCACUCAACGCGUCAGGAACGUCGGCAAAAAGGUCGACUGAUACCACGACGGAUGCAACCCGGGAUGGCCCUCGAAAGCGUCUGAAGGUUGCCCAAGACGUCAGAAACCCCGCCGAUUCUACAAGUCCUCCCACUCCUGUCAAAACGACCUCAAAACAAGACGUUACCGCACCAAGACCAGAUGACACUCUGUCACCUGUCGCUCGGCCCAUCUCACCUCCACCUUUAAAGCGUCCAUUAGCCUCCUCUUCCUCCACGGUCGUGAAGAAGCUUCCACAGUCUAAACCAGUCGCACCUUCUCUCGCUUCUUCGUCCGACCUCAGGAAGUCACUGAAUCACUCUGCUCCAAGCAGGUCCUCUCCUUUAACAUCGUCUAUUAAUCCUCCAACCAAACGCAAGGCUGAUUCACCUGCCACCACUACUACUACAUCUUAUUCUUCCCCAGUAAACCCAACUUCAAUACAAAAAGACACUCCUUCCACCCCAUCCAAGACCGACCCUCCUAAGAAGAUCAGGAAGGCCGAGGUUCUCAACCCUCGUUUACUCAAAUCAUCACCGGCAAAGUUUGAGAUACGAUUCAAGCUAGUGCAACUGCUACAUGAGCAAUACGCCCGCCUGAACAACGAGCUCAAGAAGACUGCCAAAGACGCAGAAGAGAAGCAGCUCCUUCUCACAGAUCAAGAUCUCAUUUGGAGAGUCCUUGACGAAGAAGAGUCCACGGCGAUAGAGAAAGGCGCCAUCUACUCAAACGUAAUCAAGAACAAAAUCAUGCAGUACAAAAAGAUGACACUCCUUCAGUGGAAGGAGGAGAGGGUCGUUCAACGCCGCCAGACGACUCAAAAGGGCCCUCACAACAAGGCUACCGCUCCUCCCAAGAAGAUUGUUACCGGCUUGACCCCGGCCCAGGAAGUCCAGCUUGUUCGCCAACUCAUCACCCCCAUCGACGGCCUUGCCGCCCACGGCUACGUCUCCUCUGUCCCUGCCGAGGCCGACAUCCAGAAAGCCCGUGAGGGUCUUGAUGCUGCAAAGGGUUGGGAGAAGUGUGACCGCUGCGACAAGCGCUUCCAGAUGUUCCCCGGAAGAAGAGAAGAGGAUGGGGCUCUCGCCUCUGGUGGCAGUUGCACCUUCCACUGGGGCAAGACCUACUUUCCCGAGCGCCAGUUGGGCGAUAGAUCUCAGCAACCCAAACGCUACCGAUGCUGUGGGCAGGCUGUUGGAGACUCUGCCGGCUGCCACUCCAACGCUCACCACGUUUUCAAGGCAUCAGAUCCCAAGAGACUGGCUUCCGUUCUCAACUACGCCGAGACGCCUGCCAACCCCAAUGCUCCCACCGAUAGAGCUGUUGGCUUCGAUUGCGAAAUGUGCUACACAGUCCAUGGCCUCGAGCUCAUUCGCCUAACUGCAACAUCAUGGCCUACUGGAGAAGAGCUAUUGGAUGUGCUUGUUCAACCCAUCGGUGAGAUCCUUGAUCUCAACUCUCGCUACUCGGGUGUGUGGCCUGAAGACAUGGCAUCCGCCGAGCCCUGGACUGCAAAGGAGCAAGAUCCAACUCCUGCCCAGGCGAAGAAGAUGUCGAGCCCCAAAAAGACCAAGAAGAAGAUGAAGAUUGUGUCGUCGCCCGAAGCUGCUCGCGACCUUCUCUUUGCCCUCAUCAGUCCCGAGACUCCACUAAUUGGACACGGACUGGAGAAUGACUUGAACGCCGUUCGCAUCGUCCACCCUACUGUCAUUGACACCGUUCUUCUUUAUCCUCACAAGCACGGCCUUCCGUACCGCCUUGGCCUGAAGAUGCUCAUGGACAGCCUUCUCAACCGUAAAAUCCAAGUUGAGACGGCUGGCAAGGUUCAGGGACACGACAGUGCGGAAGACGCCCGGGCUGCGGGAGAUCUCGUGCGCCUGAAGCUGUCCGAGGAAUGGAAGAGCAUGAAGCUCAAGGGUUGGAAGCUGGAGGGGGGUGAGUUCGUGCCGCCUGGUGGUAAGGUGGACGAUUUCAAUGGUCACUUGACUGCCGAGUUUCUUGAAUCUGCCCUUUAGAGCCGGGUGGGCAUAGCACAUGGGUGAUUUUACGAGAGAAUGAGCUGGCGUUAGGGAGGACAUGGGGUCCUCAGGUAAAUGAUGCCUUGGGUCGAUGGGCUUUUGCAGUUAUGAUACCUGCCCUACAUGGGUUUUCUUAAUACUAAUUGGUAC